AUGAAUACGAAAGCAAGAAGGACAAUCCAAAAUGGACAGAUUCCGCACAUCGGGAUCAUAGGUGCUGGCCUGGCCGGCCUGCGUUGUGCAGAUGUAUUGCUUGAGCACGGCUUCCAGGUAACCAUCCUCGAAGGCCGCGACAGGAUAGGUGGCCGCCUGUACCAAGACCGCCUAGCCAAUGGUGUGACAGUUGAUGUAGGCCCGAACUGGGUACACGGCACUGACAAUAACUCUAUCUUGGACAUCGCUAAGGAGACGAAUACAGCCAUGGGGAGCUGGGACACAGGAUCGUACGUCUUCAACGAGGAUGGCGAAUUGUACAGCCUCAAAGAAGGCGAGCGGUACUCAGAGAUGAUGUGGGACAUUGUCCAGGCGGCAUUCAAGCACUCGAACAAGAACUCAGCCGAGAUCGACCCCAAUGAGAGCUUGCUAGACUUCUUCAAGGUGACAUUGAAAGAACUGAUACCCGAGUCUACGGAGAACUGGCAACGGAAAAGGGAAAUCGUGCUGCAGAUGGCCGACUUGUGGGGUGCGUUUGUGGGUAGUCCGGUCGAGAGACAGAGCUUGAAGUUCUUCUGGUUAGAGGAGUGUAUAGAAGGCGAGAAUCUCUACUGCGCCGGCACGUACGCGAAGAUUCUAGCCCAUAUCGCCGCACCGGCUCUCAAAGGUGCAACAAUCAACUACGACACCCUUGUUCACAGGAUACAUGCCCGAUCCUCUCCAGAAAAUCCGGUCAAAGCGACACUCUCCGACGGCACUCAGCUCUCGUUCGAUGAGCUCGUCGUCACCUGCCCCUUGGGCUGGCUACAGAAGAACCCGCAAGCCUUCGACCCAGCCCUCCCACCAAGCCUCACUAAAGCCAUCAAUAGCAUUAGCUACGGAUGUCUGGAAAAGGUCUACAUAUCCUUCCCCAAGGCAUUCUGGCUCACCCCAGACCCCAACAACGCGGGCCGGAAAGUCCAAGGCUUCGCCCAAUGGCUCUCCCCGCGGUUUGCACCGGACACGAACCCGGAGCGCUGGACGAUAGAGGUCGUGGAGCUGGCCUCCCUUGGCCCGGACGUCUCGCACCCAACGCUGCUUUUCUACAUCUACGGCGCGCAGUCGGCCCACAUCGUCAACACCGUCAAGUCGCUCUCGUCCGCACAGGAGAGGGACAAGUUCCUAUACGGAUUCUUCAGCCCUUACUACACCAAGCUGCCCAACUACUCGCCCGACUCCCCGGACUGCCAGCCCGUGUGCAGCUACGCGACCACCUGGCUGGCCGACGCCCUCGCCGGCAACGGCUCCUACAGCAACUUCCAGGUCGGGCUGCAGGAGGGCGACGAGGACAUCAAGACGAUGCGGGAGGGGUGGAAGGACCAGGGCGUGUGGCUGGCGGGCGAGCACACGUCGCCGUUCGUGGCGCUCGGCACGGCAACGGGCGCGUAUUGGAGCGGAGAGAGCGUGGGGAGGCAGCUGGCGGAGGGAUAUGGGCGGAGUGCAGUUGCUACAAGCAGCGGUAAUGAUCAUGAGGUCGCUCACGGGAGCGCUAGCUAG